UCCGGGACCUCUCCACUCUCUACACAUUCAGUAGAAGUGAUUGACGGCCAAGUUCUCUGCAGUGGUGCCCCCAAAUCUAAUUUCCCCUCACCCUACGACAGUGAAAACAACCACGUUAUCCAACCGGCCUCUCUCGCAAAGAAAGAUAAAUUGAAACAACGCAAAGUGGUAACCCGACACUCACCAGGAACGCUUAAAAAGCCAACGAGCCAAACCAAGGGCAGAUUUGCAUUCGCUGGAACGUUCAUAGGCACUUAAACUGCUCUAGGUGAAUCUUGUUCUGGUGUCGUUGCUUCCUGAUUCUGAUAUUCGGUGAGAUUUUGUUUCAAAGACUUUAGGACUAUCAAACAAAGUUCUUACAGAGAGGAAAAGCGGGCUAUUUAAGAGGAGGGCGUUGAGCGUUCCAGAAAAAAGAUUGAUACAUUCCACAAUUUUACAGAUUCACCAUGGACCUGAAUCAUCUGUUGCCAGUAUUCCUGGUCGCCAUACUCUCCUCUCUGUUCUGCCUGUCAUUUUGUGAGGAUGAAUUAGACGAACGUGGAGAUGAGCGCACUCUGGAAGAGAAAAAACGAAUUAUUCCCUACACACUAAGAGGUAUGUCUAUUUCCCGUGAAGCGUACUCGUGGCUUACUGCGGCGUACGGGGCGGGCGCGAUGAAGGAGGCAGGUGUUAAGCCCGCUAAGAAGAGAUGGUAUGCCAAGAGACACAAAGUGAACUGCUGCAUCGGGCGCUCUCGUCCUAUGGUGAAAGAUGCUCACUCCUGUCUUGACUUUGGUGGACGCUGCUGCUCCGAUGAUUCUGUCUACUAUCCGGUCUAUAGAUACUACGGCAAAAUAGGAAUCGUUAACCCGUUCCCCAUCAAGAAACAUGCAGACACCAGCAGACCUUGCGGACAGUGCUUCACCGGAUAUUCCACGCGAUGUGUCAUCCGCUAGGUGGGGCUGCUAAACGACCUUAUGCAGACGACAGAAAAUCCUCAAAAGAGGGAGCCACAAGAUGGAAGAUGAGUGACAUUGGGUUACUCGUUCACAUAUUUAUUGACUACACAAAUCAGUUCAGGUUUUCUGGUGCAAUUUAGAAUAACCAAAGCACCCGUAGACCUAACAAAUCGACAGCGAUCUCCUAGGUCUUUGUUGCUAUGAAACUAUUGUCAAAAAAAGGCGUGAUUUUUUCCCGUUACUCUCAUUAAAGGUGAGAGUGAUAAAUGUCGACCAAAGACGCAUCAUCUUGUGUGAUCCGUACAUUUUAAUAUUAUUAUAUAUUAAUCAGCAACUGUAAAUGGUUUAUUUAGUUCUAAAGCUGUUUGGGACGCAGAGUUUGAUCUUAAAUAUGUAUAUAAAAUUACUGGCAACGUUUUGUUACGAAGUGCCAAUCGAACUUAUAAUGGUGACGAAUGACAUGUAUACACGUGGAAUACACCUUACCAUUAGUUCUUAUGCUUUGCGCUAAA